UAAUCCCCAAGGUGUCCCACUCACAAACCUAAGAAAAUAAAAGUAAACUGAGCGACAGAACCAGUUAACCGUUGUUUCACGGACACAACUCUCCCUCUUCAACCAACUCAACUCCCCAUCCUACCCUGUGAUCCCUCUUUACAUAUCUUUUCUCUUGUUUUUUCUUGAAAAUUGCUCUUAUUUAUUUGCAUGCAUGUAAUACUGUAACAAAACAGGACAAAACCGACUGCACAAAACCGACAGACUACUCAGUUUAUGUUACAUGAAUGGAUAGGCCAGUGAUACCGGUAGGACCCGGCAUGGAUUUGCCGAUCAUGCAUGAUAGUGAAAAGUAUGAGCUUGUUAAGGAUAUCGGGUCGGGUAAUUUUGGAGUGGCUAGGUUGAUGAGGGAUAAGGUGAGUAAUGAGCUUGUUGCUGUCAAGUAUAUCGAGAGAGGUGACAAGAUAGAUGAAAAUGUUUCGCGUGAAAUAAUCAACCAUAGAUCGCUGAGGCAUCCCAAUAUCGUUAGAUUUAAAGAGGUCGACUUAACACCGACUCAUUUGGCUAUUGUGAUGGAAUAUGCAUCCGGAGGAGAGCUUUUUGAGCGGAUAUGCAAUGCAGGACGAUUCAGCGAGGAUGAGGCUCGUUUCUUUUUCCAACAACUUGUAUCUGGAGUCGGCUACUGUCAUUCAAUGCAAGUAUGCCACCGCGAUUUGAAACUGGAGAACACAUUACUGGAUGGGAGCCCAGCACCUCGGUUGAAAAUAUGUGAUUUUGGAUAUUCUAAGUCCUCAGUGCUGCAUUCACAACCAAAGUCGACUGUUGGAACACCUGCAUAUAUUGCUCCCGAAGUGUUACUCAAGAAAGAAUAUGAUGGAAAGCUUGCAGAUGUAUGGUCAUGCGGUGUAACAUUAUACGUCAUGCUGGUGGGCGCAUAUCCUUUUGAGGAUCCCGAGGAACCUAAGAAUUUCCGCAAGACAAUACAUCGGAUCUUGAACGUCCAGUACUCGAUUCCAGAUUAUGUUCAUAUAUCUCCCGAAUGCCGCCAUCUAAUUUCGAGGAUCUUUGUAGCUGACUCAGCCAAGAGGAUAACCAUGGACGAUAUUAGAAACCAUGAGUGGUUCCUGAAGAACCUCCCGGCAGACCUCAUCGACGAAAACAAACUGAACCAGUUUAACGAGCCUGAUCAACCCAUGCAGAGCAUAGAUGAAAUAAUGCAGAUAAUUGCAGAGGCAACCAUACCUGCUGCUGGGGGCAACAAUCUCAACCAGUAUUUAACAGGCAGCCUGGACAUGGAUGAUGACAUGGACGAAGAUCUAGAGAGUGACCCAGACCUUGAUCUUGAGAGCAGCGGAGAAAUAGUUUAUGCUAUGUGAUUUUAGGAUCAGUUCUGGAAUAUGGUAGAAGUCCAGGGAACACGCAGUUCCUGUUGUAAAAAGUAUCUGGCCCGACUCCGGUGAAAUUUUGGGUAAGGGCUCUCAUUCUCAAGCUUAGGAGGAUAUCAUUAUUUAAACUUAAAUUCUUCACUCGUUAGGGCAACUGUGUCAUCCACCUGUAGUUCUUCACGUAUAUUACUUUCUCUAACGAACAAGCUCCUGAAAUUCUCUUGUUGCCACAUUCAGUUGGCGUGUUUAUGUACUGCGUACUCAAGGUUGUAAUGUAAGAUGUAAGAUACUCAAGUAGAGAAUGCACCACAGACUUUCCUAUUUUGGUAA